AUGUCUUACCAACAGCAACCGGAAGACGAUGGACUAGCAUAUGGGGACGACUACUCUCGAGCCCGCGGAAGCGGUGGCACAGACCGCUCGCUACUAGGAGACAUUGGCAAGAAGGUCAAGUCCGAAUUGAACAAGUACAAAACAGGAUCUCCGGCCCCUCAGAACUACGGCUACAGCAGCACCGGUGGGUCAAAUCAAGGUUACUACGGCCAACAAGGGCCAAGCACAGGGUACCCUACCACAGGACAAUCGCCAUAUCCAGGUGGUCCGCCUACUCAGCAGCCUCAGCCUCGACCCGAUAUUGCCUCGAAACUUCUCAGCGGCCUCCACGGCACUCUUCACAAUAUUGGAUCGGACGUUGCAAACCUGCUAGGACCGGACAGCAGACCAUCUCAGCAAUAUCUUUCACAAGCUCCGGGCCAGGCUGGACAUUCGCACUAUGCCGCUGCGCCAGGUCAACCCACGAUAGCGACAGGUCCGAACCGAUACGACAGCUUCGCGUCAGAGAAGCCCGGAAACGAUGUGAAAUGGUACGUGGAUGGUUGUGGUUACUUCUGGGCAGUCAGUCAAGCUCUCGAGGGAGCCAGACAUUCAAUCUGGAUUUUAGACUGGUGGCUCUCUCCGGAGGUAUAUCUUCGUCGUCCUCCUUCUCAAAAUGAGCAAUGGAGACUCGAUCGCACUCUUCAACGAGCGGCACAACGUGGAGUCAAGGUCAAGAUCAUUGUCUACAAAGAAGUUACUCAGGCUCUGACCUUGUCUUCGGCCCACACCAAGCACGAGCUCGAAAAGCUACACCCCAACAUCGCUGUCUUCCGACACCCAGACCAUCUGCCGGAUGCCCAAACAACUCAGUCAUCGCUCAUAUCCUCUCUCCAAGGCCUGAAGUUGGACGCCGCAGGGGUUUCUAAGAUGGGUCACGACGCUCUCAAGGGUAUCUAUGGUGUCACUGACGACAUCAUCCUCUAUUGGGCACACCAUGAGAAACUCUGUCUCAUUGACGACAAAAUCGCCUUCAUGGGUGGUCUUGAUCUCUGCUUUGGCCGCUGGGACACCAAUCAACAUUCGAUCGCCGAUGCUCACCCAUCCGACAUGAGCCAGAUCAUAUUCCCUGGGCAAGAUUUCAAUAAUAGUAGAUUUCUCGACUUUUCCGACGUCAGUCAUCCGGACCAGAAUAAGCUCGACCGCACCAAGAGCUCGAGAAUGGGUUGGUCCGACAUCGCCAUCUGCGUGCAAGGGACCGUCGUACAAGACCUGCGACAUCACUUCGUUGAUAGAUGGAACUUCAUCUAUGACGAGAAGUACAAUGUCCGAAAAGACCAACGUUACUACAGACUCUUGGACGAUCUACCUCAUACGACAAGUGGACCAGGUCAACGCCCUCAGUCACGGCCACCGUCCCAGUCCGGACCACAGCCCCAAGGAAGUCUACAACAUUCUGCGGCUGCUGGUGGGUAUGCACCGCCACCUGGGAGCCAACCAUACACUGAACCUGCAUGGCAUACAACGAGCAGGCCGCUCACGCCAGGAGGUACAUAUGGUACUGCAACACUCUCCCCAGCCCACGGUGUCCAGCCUCAGCCACCGCAGGCUCAAUCACCCUACGGUCAGGUUACAAGCCCUCCACCUCAGGUCGUCCAGUCGCCACCUCCUCAGGCUGGUAUGUACGGCCAGGUGCCGGUUGGGUCUCCACCCCAAGCGCCUCUCCAGCCGUACACUGGCGCUUACGGCCACCAUGCAACUCCAAUGCACGCGCCGCCAGAGGGUUCUAUGGACACAUAUAGCCAGUUUGCCAGCCCUCCUCCUCAGACUGCAGAAAUUCAACGACCGCACAGUGCAGCCAGCGGAUAUCAACAAUCUCCAGGACAGAGCCUGCAACACAAUUACCCUCCUCCCCCUCCUGGACCGCCACCUCAAACGUCCCCAGUCCCAGCCACAACCUACCCAGGUUACCCGCCGCCACCAAGUGCAUCCUCAGCUUAUCCUCCGUACCAGCAAGGUGCCACUGAGUUAUCGUCUCAGCAGUCACCUGAUCUACCAUAUCAGCAUCAGAGCUACCAGCCCUACCAACAGUCUGGGUCAGAGCAAGCCAGGGGGUUUGACGGUUACAACCAGGAAUUCAGCAGAGGCUUUGAAGACUAUGGCCCCGGUCGCGAGAACGAGAGGGGCUUCGAAGCGGAGCGAGGUAUGCGAGGGAGAUUUGACCAUUACAAACAAGAAGGUAGACUCUUGGGCCAAGAGCUAUCGUCAAUCGGGAACGUUGUCUCGGGCGGCCUAGGAGACAGAGCCCACCAACUUCAAGGCAAGUACCUUGGUGGGACUGAUUCUUAUGGUCGUCCUUACAAUCAGCCUCGGGGUGUCAUGACUUGUCAACUUCUUCGAAGCUGUACAACAUGGAGCAACGGAACUCCUCUCGAACAUUCCAUCCAGAAUGCGUACAUCGAGGUAAUUCGGAACAGCCAGAAUUUCGUUUACAUCGAGAACCAAUUCUUCAUUACGGCCACAGGCGACCAACAAAAGCCGGUCAAGAAUUUGAUCGGUCAAGCUAUCGUGGAAAGGAUCCUACGAGCGGCCCGGAACAAUGAGAAGUACAAGAUCAUUGUGGUGAUCCCAUCAGUACCAGCCUUUGCCGGUGACCUCCGGGAUGACGCGUCGUUGGGGACUCGAGCCAUAAUGGAAUUUCAGUACAAUAGCAUCAACCGCGGUGGUCAUAGUAUCAUGGAGAAGAUUGCUCAGGCUGGGUUCAAUCCCAUGGAUUACAUCCGGUUCUACAAUCUCCGGAACUACGAUCGGAUCAAUGCUGGUGGCACAAUGCAGCGGGUUGAGCAGAAAAGUGGAGUCAGCUAUGAAGAUGCUCGGAAACAACACGAUGACGGAGUGGGGGCGGGAUACGGUCCGCAUGGAGAACGCACCAAUACAGCACAUCUAUCGCAAGCAUCGCAAUACCAGCAGUACCAAACCACGGCUCAGAACAUGGGACGACCAGGAAGUGGCCGUUGGGACAGCGUGGCAGAGUGCUACAUGCUAGGAGGACAAGAUAUCCGCACCGUGCCCUGGGAUGGUCCACCCGAAGCAGAGCUGGACGCCUUUGUCAGCGAAGAGCUAUACAUUCAUUCAAAGACUCUCAUCGCAGACGAUCGCGUCGUCAUCUGCGGAUCAGCAAACUUGAACGACCGGAGUCAGCUGGGCUCGCACGACAGCGAGAUUGCGCUGCUCAUCGAGGAUCCGACGAAAGUGCAGAGCUACAUGAAUGGCCAGCCUUACCAAGCCAGCAGCUUUGCAGCUUCCCUGAGGCGCCAGCUCACCCGGAAGCAUCUUGGACUGAUUCGGCCUCAGUAUUUCUUUCGGCCCGAUCCCAACUUUGAGCCAGUCGGAGUACUCAAUGCCUAUGACUGGAAUUCGCCUGAAGACAAUGUCGUGAUGGAUCCUCUCAGCGACACUUUCCAAGCUUUGUGGAACAGCCGAGCAAGGACUAAUACCGAAGUCUUCCGCAAAGCGUUCCGAGCUGUACCAGACGACUACGUGCAUUCAUGGUCCGAGUACAAGGAGUUCUAUGAGUACUUCUAUCGGCCCGCUGAGACCGAUGCUCAGGGUAAACCGAGCAAGCUGCCACCGAGGGUCGAGUACGGACAUGUGGUGAGAGCGGACUUCCCUGGUGGCGUACGCGAGCUCAAGGAACUACUGAGCCAAGUCAAAGGCACUUUGGUCGAGAUGCCACUGUGUUUCCUUCAGAAUGAGGACAUUGCUAAGGAGGGGCUGACAUUGAAUGCACUGACGGAAGAGAUAUACACGUGA